AACUGCGAUGGUGACCACACGCCGGCCCGACUUUAAUAAAUAUUAAAAUAUAUAUAUAUUAUAUAUUAUAUACCAACCAUGUGGCUUUAUAUAGCACUAGGGUUGGUCGCUCUUGCAUUAUAUGUGUUUAAAAGUUGCAAAUAUGAUUAUUGGGAGAAAAAAGGAAUACCCACAGCCUCGGGAAAUGAAUGGUUUUUUGGACACUUCAAGCCUCUUAUACUGGUGAAGAAACAUAUGAACGAAGUGAUUGACGAUAUAUAUAAAGAAUAUCCCAAUGCACCGUUGGUUGGCUACUACGUUAUGGGCCAACCAGGGUUGUUGGUGCAAGAUUUGGACAUGAUAAAAACGAUUCUCGUCUCAGAAUUCUCCAGCUUUAAUUCCAAUGGAUUUGAGAUUGAUAAGAAAGCCGAUCGUCUCGCCUCCGCGCAUCCAUUCGUUCUCAAAGGUGACGAAUGGAAGUCUGCCCGGGCUCAAGUGACCCCAUCUCUAAGCCUGGUCAAGCUGAAAGGUUAUUUGCCUAGCGUGCUCAAAGUGGGCGACGAAAUGGUUAAAUACGUCAAGAAGAACUGCAUUGGAGCAACCGAGGUGGAUGUUCAAGACCUAGCUAGGAUGUAUUGCACCGAUGUAAUAGGGAAUGCAAUUUAUGGAAUAGAAAACAAUACGUUUGAGAAUGGGGACUCAUUAAUAUCCUGUAUAACAAGAGAAAUUCGUUUUGAAAGAGAUGUUUCGGAUAAUAUCUUACUCUUUUUUCAACGGUGUCCUGUUAUACGUUCAUUUUAUCCAGCAAGAUUUACCUCUCCAAAAUUACAAGAUGUGGUGGUAACCGUAACACGUAAGGUAAUAAAGGAAAGGAUUGCAAGUGGUGAGAAGCGAAAUGAUCUCAUACAACUGCUUUUGACGCAGAAGGAAAGCGAUUCACAAGGAGUAUUUACAGAUGAGUAUAUGAGCGCACAGGUGUUCACAAUAAUCGGGGACUUAUACGACUCAGCAAGCAACUUUAUUUCAAUCAUUUUAGCUAUUCUUUCUAGACAUCCCGAAAUUCAGGAAAAACUACGUAGUGAGAUAAAAGAAGUAAAAUCAAGGAAUAAUGGCGAUUUCACAGUAGAAGAUAUUGAAGGCGCAAAAUAUCUUGAGAUGGUUUUCAAUGAAACCUUCCGACUGUUCAGCUUUUUCAUACCUAGACAAUGUAACAGUGACUGUACAAUACCAGUCCCAGGGUCUGAGCCCAUUAGGAUCACUAAGGGUACACAAAUCGCUAUACCAGCAUGCAGCAUUCAUAAGGACCCCAAAUACUACCCGGAUCCGGAGAGAUUUGACCCGGAGAGGUUUAGUGAAGAAGAAGUGGCUAAGAGACCAAAGUUCACUUACAUGCCGUUUGGAGAGGGACCUAAGAAAUGUAUAGGUAAUCGCAUCGUAACGUUGCAUAUAAAAGCAGCAAUUAUCAAGAUCCUCGACAAUUUCAAGCUGACAUUUUCAACAAAAACUAAAUACCCCUUCGAGAUUGAUCCGCGCCAUACAUUUACUAUUCGCCCUAAAGGUGAUGUGUGGGUGACCUUCGACCCUAUACAUUGAUAUCAGGUUUUUUUA